GCCCAAAUGGCCAAUCAACAUUACAUCUCUAAUCGACAGCAUUGCCAAGUAAUGGACAGACCAUUUGGAUAUAUAAGGUUUCCACAUGUGAAGUUAGACAAGGGACACACGCGCAGGUUUCAUACUGUGAUGUGUCAUGAUGUGUUUGUUAUGUCGAUACGUGUUGCUGUCAUAUAAAUAAUGUGACGAAGUUGUCAUAAAAUUGAACUACUAUUUAGAGAGAGGGACACGCAUUCUGGAGGACACUAGCAAUACUGGAUGGGCUAUUGACAGCAGUGUAAUCCUGUGACUUCUCGAAAGGAGCGAAACUCGAAACUGAUCAGAGCGCAUUGAUUGAGCACAUUGAUUCUGUCAGAGAUGCAGACGUUCGUGAAAGGAAAGAGAGUUGGAUACUGGCUCAGCGAGAAGAAGAUUAAAAAACUCAGUUUCCAGACCUUCGUGGAUUUGUGCAGGAAACAAGGCAUAGAGAUGAUCCAGCUGGAUCUGAGCCAGCCAAUAGAGAAGCAGGGUCCAUUUGAUGUCAUCAUCCACAAGCUGACUGAUCACAUUGUUGAUGCUGACCAGAAUGUCACAGAGUCUAUGCUACUUGUUCAGGGUGUUCAGGACUACAUAGAUGCUCACCCUGAAACAGUGAUUCUGGACCCUCUUCCGGCCAUUCGUACCCUGCUGGACCGCUGCAAGUCAUACAAGCUAAUCCAUAAACUUGAAGACUGCAUGCAAGAUGACAGAAUCUGCUCACCUCCAUUCAUGGUUCUCAAGAGUGAAUGUGGCACUGAGACUCUGGAGCAACUCCACAAACAUGGAAUCACAUUUCCUUUCAUCUGCAAAACCCAGGUAGCUCAUGGCAUUAACUCCCAUGAGAUGGCCAUUAUAUUCAGUGAGGAAGAUCUGAAAGACAUCAAGCCCCCAUGUGUCCUCCAGAGCUUCAUCAACCAUAAUGCAGUGCUGUAUAAGGUGUUUGUAGUGGGAGAGGCCUACAGUGUGGUGCAGCGGCCCUCGAUUAGGAAUUUCCCAUCUGGACCCACAGACAGGAGAGCAAUAUCUUUCAACAGCCAUCAUGUGUCCAAACCAGAGUCCUCAUCUCACCUGACCUUUAGGGACAACAUGGAGGGCCAGUACUGGGCACCCAACAAUGAUGUCAUUCAAAAAAUUUCCAGAAGGUUACGACAGGCCCUCGGCAUUUCUCUGUUCGGAAUUGACAUCAUCAUCAACAACCAGACCGGCCAGCAUGCCGUCAUCGAUAUCAACGCGUUCCCAGGUUACGAGGGAGUGCCUGAGUUUUUCGAUGACCUGUUGAGUCAUAUCACCAGCGUCCUGCAGGGUCAGGCAUCUAGCGGCGCAGCAUGCGGUCAUCUGAGAGUGAAUGGGGUAGCGCAGAGCCCGUCUGUGGCCUGCGGGAUGCACUCUGGCUUGCUGGGAAAUGAAAGCAGUUGGUUGAUGGACAGCGAGGGGAUGAAGAAAGGUCCCCAUCAAGGACUGAGUUGCGCUGGUGCUUGCAUGGCUCCAAACUUUCAUCAGCAUGGCAGAUCUAAUUUAGCAGCGGAGACGUCUUCACAGUGACACGGAGAGCCAAAGCAAUAUGAAUAUUUCAUUACUGUUCACAAACCAGAUGAACCCUCAUCAAAGGGUAGAUGUAUAGAAAAGUCCUUUGUGCCAAAUGUGAAUUGUGUUGGAAAUGAUUAAAUGUGUAUUGAUUGUCUUUUCAUUUAUUUAAUGUUUGAAAGGGGCAACCUGAUCUUAGAAAUGUAUGUGAUUUUUUUUUUUUUUUAAUGAAUGUUGCACUGAACAUGAUUUUCUGAAAAAAGGGCUUUGUGGAGGAACAGAAAAUAUUAUUAAUGUUAAUAUAUUAAUGAGAUACUUGAAAGAAAAAUAGGUGUCAUGAUUUGGGUGUAAGACAUUGCACUAUUUAAAUAAGUGUCCAGCUGGCUCUAAGGCUUUCUCUGAAGGUAAGAUUUUUAUAAGACUAAUCAUUUCACAUCUAGAGGGCCGGGAAAAUUUGUUCCUUCCACAUUGGCAGGUGCUAUGAGAUUGUAUAGGGGUUAUGCAUUGAUUGCAAAUAGAAAACAAACAAACUUACAUACUAUGGAAAGUUCACCCAAAAAUGAAAAUUCUGUUAUCACUCUGUCAUCAUGUUAUUUCAAACCUGUAUGACUUUCUUUCUUGUGUAGAACACAAAGGAAGACAUUUUGUAGAAUGUUUCAACUGUUUCGGUUCACACAGUUAAAGUCAAUGGGGUUCAAAACAACACUGAAACUUUCACUGAACAACACUUUCAUUGUAUGUAAAAAAAAUAAAUGAAAAAAAGCUAAUUUUUCAAUAUAUCACCUUGAUAAAUAAUGACAGUGUUCAUUAUUGGCUGAAUUAUCCUUUCAAAAUCAUUGACAAAUGUGUUAAAUUUGCUAUUUUGACAACUGAGUUUGUUUGUUGGUCUGUUUUGUGCCCCAUCGCAUUGUGUUGUUCUUGUACAUGAUGUAUACUUUGUAAAUAUGUUAAUUUCUUUUUUUGUGAGACAAAAAAGAGCCUCUGAAAUAACACAAAACAAUGAAAUGGACAAUAAAACCAAACUUAAACACUGGGAA